AUGGCACAAGAGAUACGUACCGUAGCGAUUAUUGGCUGUGGAGUGAUUGGCAUGGGAUGGGCAGUUCUGUUCCUGUCAAGAGGCUUGAAGGUUAUCAUUUCUGAUCCAGUUGAAGGGGCUGAAAAUGCCCUCAAGGCAUAUUUCGAGCAGUCCCGGACAUAUCUGGAAGGGUUUGGGGAUUAUGAUAAGCUUGUCUCCAACUAUGAGUUUGUUAGCGACAUUGUACCACGGUUACCUGAGGCCGAUUUCAUUCAGGAGAAUGGGCCUGAGAGGCUGGAGUUCAAAAGGGGCCUUAUUGCAACAUUAGACAAGCAUGCUCGGCCGGGUGUUGUAAUAGCAUCGUCCUCAUCAGGUCUGCCGUCGUCGGAGUUUAUACAGCAGUGCACGCAUGAUUCCACCCGUGUACUCAUAGGACAUCCUUUCAACCCACCUCACCUGAUUCCCCUAGUUGAAGUAGUACCUCAUCCCGGCACAAGCAGCGAGUCUGUCAGUACCACACUGAAGUUCUACAAAUCUGUUGGGAAGAGGCCGAUCCUUCUUCAUCACGAAGUCCCUGGUUUUGUAUCAAACCGCCUUCAAGCCGCAAUCAAUAAUGAAGCUUAUAGUCUCAUCAGCAGGGGCAUUGUGUCUGCGGAAGAUCUGGAUGCAGCUGUCACAUCUGGGCCUGGACUUCGCUGGGCUCUGACGGGUCCGAUCGCUACGAACGCUCUUGGCGGCGGAGGCGGACCGGAAGGGUUUUCGCAGCGGAUGGAGAGACUUGGACCGGCGAUUCGUAGUUGGGAGGAUGAUAUUCUGAAACAUAGAUUUGACUGGAGUGAGCAGAGGAUGUUGGCUCUCCAAGAGAGUGUGGAUAAGAGUUUGGGGGAUGUUAAUUGGGAUAAGAUGGUGGAAGAACGAGACUUGGUACUACUUCAACUCUUGGCCGCAAAGGAGAAGAUGGGGUCUAUGUCAACACCGGAAGAUCGCUGA